AUGGGCAACGACAAGAAGAUCGGCGCCUACUAUGCGCCCACCGGUGGCCUGCCACCCCAAACACAGCUUCUCACCGACCGCGCCAUGUUCACCGAGGCCUACGCGGUCAUUCCCAAGGGCACAUUCAGCGACAUUGUCACGAGCUUCCUCCCCUUCUGGGACCAGACACGACUAUGGGUGAUCGCCCGCGGUGGCAGUGACCGUGCCGAACUCGACGACGGUGCCGAGGGUGUUAUCUUCGUGGUCGAGGGUGAAGUGACCAUCACGCUGGCUGGUGAAUCGCACACCCUCACCGAAGGCGGAUACGCUUAUCUCCCACCCAAGAGCGGCUGGACUCUGCGCAAUGCUGGUGCGGCGACUGCCCGUUUCCACUGGGUUCGCAAGGCGUAUGAAUAUGUCGAGGGCCUCGAUGCGCCUAACCCGCUUUUCUUGAACGAGAAGGAUAUCAAGCCCACCGAGAUGCCUGGCACUAACGGUGCGUGGGCAACCACCCGUUUUGUCGACCCCUCUGAUCUGCGUCACGAUAUGCACUGCACUAUUGUUACUUUCGAGCCUGGCGGUGUUAUCCCCUUCGCCGAGACCCAUGUCAUGGAGCACGGACUUUAUGUGCUGGAGGGUAAGGCUGUGUACCGUCUGAACCAGGACUGGGUCGAGGUCGAGGCGGGUGAUUUCAUGUGGCUGCGCGCUUUCUGCCCGCAGGCCUGCUACGCUGGUGGCCCCGGCAAGUUCCGUUACUUGCUCUAUAAGGAUGUCAAUCGCCACAUGAAGCUCGCUCACCACUCCCGGCUUUAA